GCAAGCACAUAAAGUCCGAUCCAGAUCCCCCUUUCAAAGCGAGAGAGAAUAUAAUCAGAAGAAAUGGCAGCCAUGGCGUCCAUCUGGACUGUCCCGGCUAGCUGGAAGGUGAUGGGAGAAGUUCCUAGCGCUCAGCCGCAAGCGUUUCUGUCGAUGAAGCAGCAGCUGUCCGUGAAGAAUGGGAGAGGAGGAUUCGGACCGGUGAUGGCGGCGCCGGAUCAGAUCCAGAGCAAGGUGGAAGAGAGCAUCAAAGGAGCGGAGGAGGCUUGCGCGGAGGAUCCGGCCAGCGGGGAGUGCGUGGCGGCGUGGGACGAGGUGGAGGAGCUGAGCGCCGCCGCGAGCCACGCCCGGGACAAGCAGAAGGUAUCCGACCCGCUCGAGACCUACUGCAAGGACAACCCGGAGACAGAUGAGUGCCGCACCUACGACAACUAACUCAACUAGCUUCAAAUUGAUUGUUAGAGUUUGCGGGGAAGGCCGGCCACCACUGUAUUUCUAUAUGCAACAAAAAGAAUGUCCUCGAUUUUAGAUGUCCUCGUUGAAAUCUGGUUUCGGUUUUUAACGGUGUUCUUUCAAACCUCCAACCUUCUCUACCAACCGUUUCAUUGUAAAUCCAACAAGAAUCAAUCACAAGAAAGAGACAAAAUACGA